GGAGUCUCGUGUUCGCGGUGCCGUUACUCGCAGUCGGGCGGCGGCUGAGGCUCAGCGCACAGCGCAGGUAGCGCCUUAGCAGCAGCAGCAACAGCGGAGGCUCCUCGGCGGUCACAGCCCCUGCGCUGGUGUAGCCACCCUCGCCUGCUCCGCUCUUCCUUCGCUCGCACCAUGGCUGAUCAGCUGACUGAAGAACAGAUUGCUGAAUUCAAGGAAGCUUUCUCCCUGUUUGACAAAGAUGGUGAUGGCACCAUCACAACAAAGGAACUUGGGACUGUCAUGAGGUCACUGGGUCAGAACCCAACAGAAGCUGAAUUGCAGGACAUGAUCAACGAAGUGGAUGCUGACGGGAAUGGUACCAUUGACUUCCCAGAGUUCUUGACCAUGAUGGCUAGAAAAAUGAAAGAUACAGAUAGCGAAGAAGAAAUCCGUGAGGCAUUCCGAGUCUUUGACAAGGAUGGAAAUGGUUACAUCAGCGCCGCAGAACUGCGCCACGUCAUGACAAACCUAGGAGAGAAGCUAACGGAUGAAGAAGUAGACGAGAUGAUCAGAGAAGCAGACAUCGACGGAGAUGGACAAGUCAACUAUGAAGAAUUCUGUGUGCCAUCUGAAAUCAUGUCCAUCAGUACCUAUGGGUUUGGUAUGUGCGACUUCACCGAGGACCAGACUGCAGAAUUCAAGGAGGCUUUCCUGUUUGACCAAAUAGGUGAUUACAAGAUCCUGUAAAGCCAAUCUGGGGAUGUGAUGAGAGCCCAGGGCCAGAACCCUACCAAUGCCAAGGUGCCCAAGAUCCUUGGGAAACCCAAGAGACAUGAGAUGAAUGUGAAGAUGUUGGACUUUGAGGACUUCCUGCCCAUGCUGCAGACUGUGGCCAAGAACAAGGACCAGGGAACUUAUGAGGACUAUGUUGAAGGCCUUCGUGUGUUUGACAAGGAAGGGAAUGGUACCAACAUGGGUGCUGAUAUUCAGCACGUACUUGUCAUACUGGGAGAGAAGAUGACAGAGGAGGAAGUGGAGAUGUUGGUGGCAGGUCACGAGGACAGCAACAGUUGUAUCAACUACAAAGAGCUUGUCCUGAUGGUGCUGAACGGCUGA